AUGAUCUUGGCAUACUCACGAAACAUUUGCCGAUUUCAACUUUCUAUCUCUAUUAAACAUCAAUUACGCUGUUUCUCAAAUACCCUUAUUCGUUCCAAUAUCGAGUCAAGCGAUUCAUCUUUACUUAUAUCACAAUGGCACUCUAACAUUUCCGCUUACAGUGAAACUUGUUACGAUACAAUUACUCCAACUCCUAUACAAUUAUUGAAUUUAACACUCGACCGCCCCUCGUGCGAGGUUCUUCCUUCAACAUCCACGCCCGUACAUCCUAAUUAUCAUUUAGCAUAUUUUCCCACUCGCGUCCCUGAGCGCAAAUUGGCAUUCGAUGGAUAUUCCAAGACAUUCGCUCCCCCCCAUCCAUUCAGUCAGCGAAUGUGGGCAGGAGGAGAACUGCUCUUUUCUAAAAAUCCGCUAAGAGUAGGAGACAACGUGAAAUUGAUUAAAAAGUGUAGUAAUGUCGAAUUGAAAAGAUCGAGCAGGAAACAAGAAUUGGUAUUUGUCUGGGAGGAUAGAGACUUUCACAAUGAAAAAGGUUGGAGUCUUAAGGAUAGGCGUAAUCUAGUUUAUAUGAAGAAGGAAGAAGGAAGAGCGAAUAGUACAAAGAUCGUGAAAGGCUGUCUCGUCCAUGGCCCAUUGACUUGCACACUCCUCCUUGAUCUUCUUCGUGACAAUCUGCCAGCCGACAAUUGGAUAAAUGGGUUCAAGUAUAGAGCAGUCAAUCCACUGGUAGUGAACGAGCCGUUCAGAGUGUGUGGAAAGAAACUGGAAAGACUGGACGAGAAGGGAGAUUCGAUAUACGAAAUGUGGGCCGAGACAGCACUUGGCGGAGUAGCGAUGAAAGGCAGCGCUACAGUCAACAUUAACUAA